AUGUCGACUCUCAGCCUCUUCGCGCAAGUUCGCGAUAACAAGUUAGUGCAGCGAUCGCCACGGGCCAAAAAAGCUGUUGCUGUGUCCUAUUUAACUGGCGCUUCUCGGACUCGACUAGCAGAAUCCCAAUCUCCAAAGUCGCAUGCCAAUAUGACAGACAAAAAACAGACCAAGGAUCAUCAAGGUGAUAUCCCGGAUGACAACGCCUCACAGGCAACUACUCUAGUGCCCGAUACCAAUAGCGGAUACUACAGAAAACAAGUAGAAGCCGCUGCGUUUGCCGGCCUGAAAUGGGGAAUUACGCCAAAGAAACUCCAUGAUAGAAACGCCAUCCCGGACCCGGACCACCCUGUCCAUAAAAUCCCCGCAGAGAAGCAGGAGAAAAUGCGCAAAAAAGGGAUCAACCCUGUUCUUUAUGCAGAGAUGAACCAGAAUAAGCUGAAUGGCAAAGGGACUUUCUGGUGGAAGGUUUCGCAGACGGCAAUGGGUGGAGGUUGUAUCAAAUAA